AGAAUCUAAUAUAUUAAUUAUCUAAUUAUGGGAGCAAAGUGAACAUACCAAGAAGCAGGAAAAUGGCAUCCUGACACUGUCGCAUACAAUGACGAAGAUGAAUUAGCAAAGAUUGGAAAGACUCCAGACAAGAUCACAGCCAUUAGAGUCUGGAGCUCAAAAUAUAUCGUAGGAAUGGAAGUGUUUUAUGACGGAAUAUCCGCUGGAGCAAGGAUGGGAUCUGAGUAUCUUAAGGGGGUUGUCUACCAAGAUCUUACCCUCGGCCCAGGAGAAGAUAUCAAAGUAGUUAAAGGAAGAUCAGGAGACUUGAUUGAUAGAAUUGAGUUCAAGACUACUAAGGGAAGAACAGUAUCCUUCGGAACAAGCACAGGAGGGAAGAAAUUUAAGCUCAAAGAUCCAGCAGGAAGAUUAGUAAGGGGAUUCAAAGUAGGAUUUGGAGGACAUCUCCAUCACAUUGGAGUAUAUUUCGCUCAUAAGGAUCAUACUCCAAAGACUCAUACCUUCCCAGCUCCAACUCCAGCCCCAGUCCCAAUCGGAGGAAUGGGAAUUCCAACACCAGCACCAGCUCCAGUCCCAAUUGGAGGAAGCACAACAACUACAACUACAACAAAAACUAAAGGAUUUGGAGGAGUUACUAUUACAACUAAAAAGACAACUACAAGCGGAGGUAUCCCUGCACCUACCCCUGUUGGAGGAAUCCCUGCACCUGUUCCAGUUGGAGGUAUUCCUGCUCCAACUCCUGUGGGAGGUAUCCCAGCUCCAACACCUGUUGGUGGAAUCCCAGCUCCAACACCUGUUGGCGGAAUCCCAGCCCCAACUCCUGUUGGCGGAAUCCCAACCCCAGCACCUGUUCCCACCUCUACUACUCCAGCUGCUGGUACAUUCUCUAUUGGAGGCUUCACGGUAACCACAGCUGCCACUCCUCCAGCGCCAGCCCCAAUGCCAACACCAGCUCCAGCCCCUGCUCCAGCUGCUACCUACAUUCCUCCUCCAAUGCCAGUGAUCCCAACCUUCACUCAGUCGAAUGUUGCAGGAAAAACUCAUGCAGACACUGUCAAAUUUAAUGACUAUACCACGCACAAGGCGUCAUUGACUAGCAGCGGAACUCCUAGGUUGGCCGAAUUGAGAGUACUCCAUGACAACGAUCUUGUCUUCGGUCUUGAAGCUAUCUAUGAAGCUGGAGGUGUCCAAUUCAGUGGAGGCCAACAUGCAGGAAACGAGAUGAAUCACAAUACUGUCAACCAAAGUAUCCCAUUAGCGGUUGGAGAAACUAUUACUAAGAUCUCAGGAAAACAUGGCAAUGUGAUUGAUAGCAUGACUGUAACUACCUCCUUGGGUAAGAUCUACACCUUCGGAGGAACAGGAGGUUCUUUCAGCUACUCUCUCUUCAUCCCAUCUGGAAAGACUGUUACCUCCAUCGCUGGCGGUACCGGAGGCCAUUUGCAUAACUUUUCUGUUUACUAUGUAUAAAAAUAAGCUUGGUCGAAAUAUGGAUAUCAU